CCCUCUGACCCCGUGGAUCUGCCUCCCGAAGGAGAGGGCGCGAGAGGGGUGUGUGUGCGCGCGCUGAGCGACCUCUCCAGGCAUUGCAGGGGUGCUUGGCGCUCCCGCAGUCAGGCGAGCAGCGGGCUUCGGUGAAUCCUGCCGCCGCUCGCUUAGCUCCCGCCUUGCGGGAAGGGAGCUCUCCCGCCCAAAUCCUCGCGGGUGAGCCCUCCAACCCUCGGCUCAAUCUCUUUUGGAAAGCAGCCACCGGCUUCUUUUUUCCCAGCUGGAGAACGAGAGGGGAGGGCGGGGGUGACUCAGGCUGCUGGCGCCGCCGCCGCUCCUCCUCCAUGAAAGGAGCUCAGCAAGAAGAAUUGAUUCCUUUGCUUCUCAUCCCAGGCCACCGGGGCAGAAAGAGAGAAAGGAGCGAGAGCAUGCCGGUGAUGCGCUGCUGCUGAGGAGCCCGAGCCGAUCUGCAGAGUUUGCAGGUCAUUAGUGCUGCACCAAACUCCGGGCGAGGUAACUGCCCUUACUCAGGAUAGUCACCAUGGAUAAUAACGUUGCUGAGCACCAACUCAGUGUCAUAAGAAGUCCACCUGGAUGGGAAAUAGGUAUCUAUAUUACUGGAGCACUUGUUCUGCUGGGAAUAGCUGGAGUAAAUCUGUGGAAGCUAUGGAGGUCUGGCAGCUAUCCUGCGCCAUCUCCAUUUCCAAACUACGACUACAGAUACCUAGAACAAAAAUAUGGGACCACAUAUUCUCAGAUCAAGCAAAAGAGAGCUGCGAACAACUUCCGAAAGGCAGGAGAAAGGACCUCUCCUGUUCGCAAGCCCAGCUUGAAAAUGGAUGACACCUUCGAAAACAUUAAUGAGUUGGGCACUUUGGAGCUGAUGAAUAAAGACCUUGAGUUGGCUCCCUAUGGGCCACUGAAAAAGUCCAUCUCCACCGAUUCUCUCUGUUCCAUCUCCUCAAUUGGAAAUAACUUUGGCCAUGAGUUCACAGUGGGACAAGUGGAAGUCAAUAUGGAAUACAAUGUGAACUCCAACACCUUGCAUGUCACACUUCUACAGGGCAAAGAUCUCAUGGAGAAGGAAGAUGUCAACUUUGAAUCAUGCUUUGUGCGCAUCAGUUUGCUUCCGGAUGAGCAAAUAGUUGGCAUUUCAAGGAUUCAAAGGAGUGCCUACUCAGUCUUCUUCGAUGAGAGGUUUUCAAUCCCCUUGGACCCUUCCGCGCUGGAGGAAAACAGCUUGAGGUUUUCCGUCUUUGGCAUAGAUGAAGAUGAAAGGAACAUCAGCACUGGAGUCGCUGAGCUGAAGUUGUCAGACUUGGAUCUCUCCAUCAGGCCCUUCAAUGCGUGGCUGUAUCUACAGGACAUGAACAAGGCAACUGAUUCAGUGGGUGAAAUUCUGCUUUCUCUUAGCUAUCUCCCAACGGCAGAGCGGUUGACGGUAGUUGUGGUUAAGGCCAAGAAUCUUGUGUGGACCAAUGGGAAAAUGACUGCAGAUCCUUUCGUCAAAGUGUACUUGCUGCAAGACGGGAGAAAGAUCAGUAAGAAGAAGACUGCGGCAAAGAGAGAUGACACUAACCCAGUGUUUAAUGAAGCCAUGAUUUUCUCAGUGCCAGCAAUUGUUCUACAGGAACUGUCUCUCCGGGUGACUGUCGCAGAGUGUUGUGAAGACGGGAGAGCUGAAAACAUUGGCCAUGUUGUCAUAGGCCCAGCUGCAGGUGGGAUGGGCAUCACGCAUUGGAACCAGAUGUUGGCCACCUUGAGGAAGCCUGUGUCCAUGUGGCACCCACUUCGACGAAGCUAAGGCAUGCUUGCACCUUGCUGUGAAUAAUCCAACUUGGUGCCUAAACACUAUCAGUAGGCAGAUACUGUUGGCAAAUGGAGUUCAUUAUUGCUAGAAACUAAAACUUAUUUUUUCUCCAAAUAUUCUUCACAAAAUGGAGUUGCAGCAACAGGAAAGGGGGGGAAAUGUUCAGUUGCCAAAUGGGACCACACAAGCCUUGGAAAAGCUUCAGACAACUGAAACCCGUAAGAGAGGAAGCCAUUCAAGUACAAAGGACUGCCCUGAAGUAGCUUGCUGAUAAAUAGGGUGGCCUUUUGCCUCCAUCACUCUAAAAUCACCAGCUUGGAGAACCAGUCA